AUGGCUUCAGCAACGACCAACGUGCUAGGUCUCCUGCACGACAGCCUACUACCAUCUUUAAACCUUCAUUCGUCUCUCGCACUUAUCGCCUACACAGCCAGUCGUGUAACUGGUCGCGUCGAACUCAAAGACUGGUUAUGGCCUUCAGGAAUGGUUCUCAAUGCCUGGUAUCACGGAGUUUGGGCACGCAGCUCAGAGACCGGCCUCAGUUUAAGCGAAUCGCUAUCGACACUCGGCUGGACACAAAAGCUUCUUCUCGGUGGUGUUACACUCUGGGGUGUCCGAUUGUUUACCCGUAUCGCUACUCGUAGUGUCAAGCGUGGAAAGGACGAUCCAAGAUACGACGAUAUGAAUCAGGACACCAGUUUCUGGAACAAGGCAUUCUUCACUGUCUUCCUACCUGAGGCUGUCUUCCAAGCUCUGAUCUCACUGUCAUGGUCUAUGGUGUUGCAGCAAGGAACGAUUGGAAGCAUCGAAGCUACACCUCCUCAGUACGGUGCCCUGCUCCAUGGUCUUGCAAUUGGAUUAUACACUACCGGUCUCAACAUGGAAGCUAUGGCCGAUCAGCAACUUGAAGAACACAAGAGAAAAAGCGACGACCUUGACCGCAGUGGUGUCUUCUCAAUCGUACGUCAUCCCAACUAUCUUGGUGAUGCUCUGGUUCACAUCUCGUUCCCUCUACUUCUUGCUGCAAACGGCAUGUUCCAUCCGCUUAGUCUCAUGGGACCUCUGGCCAACUACCUCUUCCUACGCUUCAUCGGUGGCGACAAGCAGAACGAGGAAUCCCAGGAACAGCGCUAUAAGGCGAGUGCACCUAAGAAGUAUGCCCAGCUGGAGGAGUGGCGCACAAAUAAGAACAGCUUCUGGCCUGCUCUGAGGGAAGUGACCAACCCUUGGUCGCUCUAUUUGGUGGGAAUUGGAGCAGCUGGAGUUCUAGCCGAGCGUGGGCUAAGGAGAUAUAUGCGGGUGUAG